AUGGACCCCAAUGGCUCCUCCUCCACCAGGGGCUCCUGCAGAUGCUCUGUCUCCUGCGGAUGAGAGUGCAAAUGUAUCUCCUUCAAGAAGAGCUACUGCUUCUCCUGCCCCAUGGACAGUGCCAAGUGUGCCCAGGACUGUAUCUGUAAGGAAGCAUUAGACAAGUACAGCUGCUGUGCCUCCUGUGGAGGAAAGCCUGUUACAGAUAUAUUAACAUGA